CGCUCCGUAAAAUCGAUUAUGAAGAAGUGAAAAAGUUGCCCUUAAUUGGAUGGUUCUGUUUUUAAUUGACCGAGGCUAAUAACCAAGGUUAACACUAACUAGACAAAAAUACAGAGAAAUAUCACGAGACCUUUGGCCUGUUCGUUAUCGAGGGGAGAUAAGAUGUCGAGAUGGGGGAAGAGAGAGGCUAAGCGCAAGUUGUUCAGUCAGAGCCGCGGGUCCAUCUCUUCUCAUUCGACUAUUGCUGGCACCUGUUAAUCGCGUCGACGCUACUUGCUAUCGUACGAUACUUGAUAGCAGCCAGCUGGUUGAUAGUCUAUCGGUGAGAUAGCACAAUCAGAGAGAUAGACACUGAGCCCCUACCUGCGAUCUUUUUUUGUCAUGUUUCCCCGUCUUUGACGAGAUGUCGGAGCAGAUAAUGACGGAGGAUUUGUCGAAAAGAGGGCUGCAGAUGGGCGAGAACUGGAGGGGUGGCGAAGAGGAAGAGACCGUCGUGAAAGAGGAGGAUGCCCAAGCCCAGGAGGACAACGCGGCGGCUGCCAGGAUCGUCGGCUCUCCAUCCCCUCAUCAGCAGUUUAUACAUUAUGAAGCUCAAGACCCAGCAGUCGGUUACAGCAUCAGGAACCAGACCAACCUGUUCAACCUGAAAACUGGCUACGGCGAAGAUCUUAACUAUUACCCAUCGAUGCCGCUGACCGCCUCCGGAGCUCAAGUGUUCGAGGCGCAGCAGGGCGAAGUCUCCGAAGGCAGUGGGCACAGUUCACCUGCCUUGGUACGUGAUCCAUCCCCGCAGCACGAAUUCUGCCCAAGCACGGGUGCAGAGUUACACGCCCUCCAGCCUGGUUACUCGGCCUCUAACACCAACGACUACACAACCGCGAUGUACAGGACGAGCAACACCAGCUACAAUGGCGCCCUAGGUAACUACUACAGCGGCGCCAUAUCCAGCUCGCCGGACCCAAACGAAAACGCAGCUCCUACGCCUCACAUCUGGCCUCACGUUCCAGGAGACGACUUCAGCACUUCAGCUGGUAUCAAGUUCAACAACCCUCUUCCAGCGUUCACGAACAAGUUCAGGAAUCCGUACCCGACGGCUACCAACUAUAUGCCUACCCACCAGGAGAUCUGGGCCGCUCCCACCACCGCCUCCGGGCACAACCAGUUCCCUGCCGCCACCUCGCUCUCCGCCUGCGGUGGUUCAGAACAAGAAGUAGAGUGCUAUUCGGAGGGUAGAGAGUGCGUGAACUGCGGUGCCAUCAGCACCCCUCUCUGGAGGAGGGAUGGGACGGGGCACUACCUCUGUAACGCCUGCGGUCUCUAUCACAAAAUGAACGGGAUGAACAGGCCUUUGGUGAGGCAGCCGCGGCGUUUGAACGCUUCAAGGAGAGUUGGAUUGGCCUGCUCCAACUGCGGCACUUCAAUGACUUCUUUAUGGCGCAGGAAUGCAAGUGGUGAGCCAGUCUGCAACGCCUGCGGACUCUACUACAAACUACAUGGCAUCAACCGUCCACUCACGAUGAAGAAAGACAGCAUACAGACGAGGAAGCGCAAACCGAAGGGCAGCAACAAAACAGACACCAGUCAACCCCCUACAAAACUCAUCAAGCUAGAACAUGCGCACCACAACGGUUAUGACUUUCGUACAGUCAACACUGCAGCGAAUAACAUGAACUACUCGAGCCUGUAUCCGUCGUAUGCCUUGCCGCAGCCAUUCGAGAUGGCGGCUAGCAAGCAUGACCAAGAAACGCCGCAUAUAGUGACAAGUCAGAAUAACAACAAUAUUAGCAACACUAACAACAAUAGCAACAAGCAGGAUCGUCCUUCUGUUCUUGUAUGACUAGAGAGCAAAGUCUGGCAGCAGUGGUUGUCCAUCUUGCACUAUACAUAUUUGUCUCUUUCUUUAUUGCUGUCUAUCAGUUUGUAUUUUUUAGAACUUUUUUUUUCUUUCUUUUCACUAUGGCCGACGCAUUGGGGAUGCGUAGUCACAUUUAUAUUAUACUUUUUUAUUUUUUGAUCUUUUUAGAUAUUAAUAGAGGUUACAAUAUUAUUUAUAAAGAUCUCAACCGUUAGUUAAUUUUAAAUUUUAUUAUAAUAUUCAACCAUAUUAUUUUUUUAUGUUAAAGAGAUUACUGCACUUAUUUUUUACCUGUAAAUACUUACAUGUAUAUAGUUGUUUUCAUUUUUUUCUUUAUAAAAUGUAAAGUGUUUUAUCAUUUAUUUUCAUUAUUACUUUAUGAAUUUAGCUCUAUGUACAUACAAAUCAUAUGUAUUAUUUAUGUCUAUAGUAUCAUUCAGUCAACUAUACAACAAAUUCAAUUUAUUCUCUAUUUAGUUUUUUUAUAAUCAUAUGCAGGCUUACCAUUGAGUUCACUUAAGGAAAUAUUUAUAAUUUUAUGACCUACCCAUAAUUUAUUUUAAACAUGAAUUUACACAAGAAUAAUAAUGUCAGCUAAUGAAAUUAAUAUGUUAAACAUAUUACAGCGAUGAUUUAUUUUGUUAUCUUUGUUUUUUAAUGAGUUUCUUUUGAAUAGAAAUUAUGGAAUAAUCUCAAUUAUGAAAUAUUCCAAGAUUAAUAUUUAUGUUUAUUUUUUGGAAAAUAUUGUAAUGUCAAUAUUGGAUCAGUUAAUUUAUAAGAAAAUUCCAUACAUUGACAUUCCAUUUUUGUUUUAUUAAAUAUUCACAAGUUGUAUAAAUUGAUACGGCUAGAGGGGAUUUCCCUACUGGGCCAUAGGAAAUUUGAAUAGUUAUACCAAAGAGUGAAUUAUGAGACGAAUCGGAAAAAGAAGUGUUUUUUAUUUAGAAAGACGAAAUUGCCUUAUUUUGUUAACAAGAGAAAAAAAAAUGCCGAUUUAUUUAUUUAUCGUAUGUAAGAAAGAAUCUCUAUAUUUCCUAGCUGUGAUUGUUUUUUCUUUUGUGUUUUUUUAAAUAUCGAUUUCAGUUCUAGAGGUGAUACUGGAAAAAUUUUACCUCAUGUAAAUUUCAUCACAAUGUGCAUAUGUCUAGGAAAAUUUUAGAUUAAAUUGUAUACACAAAGGUUUAUUUUUAUGAAAAUCCGUUAUAUAAUUAAAAGUCGAAUGUUUUCUUUUCUCUUAUGUUAUAGUCUUUAUUAGUUAGGAUAAUAAGAAAUUACCACUAUGUACCAUAAACUGUUUACUUGAAAUUAUAUCACAAUGAAAAUGAA